AUGUGGUUUCUCGGUAUUUUCCAGGCCUUAUUGCAGCUGUUUUUAGGCUGGCUUUGUCCGGGCUUGACGCUGCGUUCGCUGCGGUUGCACUGGCGACGCGGCUGGCUUGAGCUCCGAAACCUAAACGUACCCGCGAGUAUGACUCGCUAUCUGCCGGUACGCUUGCCGGUGCGCUUUGUGAGACUGCAUGUGGGUAGACUUCGUAUAAAGGUAUCGUGGCGAGCGCUUCGCCAACUGGCUCGCUGGCGAGUUCGUAGUCGUCACCAGGGGCCAGACCCGGACACCCGGCGUGUAUCAUUGAGUUUCUUGUCUGAGUUGCUUUGCAUUGAGAUCGAGGAUGUGGGUCUGCUAUGUACAGACGAUACGGAAGCAUACUUGGAAUCCCGGUUGGAGCGAGCGCUCUGGAAACGUCUGCAAUUGCAGCUCAAGUUAGCCAAGUUGCAGGAGUGUGAACGUCUCGCUGCUCGCGUGCUCCAGCUGCCUGUGAUGGGUGCCCUGGAGUCCGGUGCCGCAUGGGAUGCUUCUCUGGAUGCAGAGGGAAAUGAGGGGCAAUUCUUGUUGGAAGAUGCCCGGCAUCGUCCAGGGAACACUGAAGCGCCCGACGAGGCCGUCGACAUCACACGCAACGCCAGAGCGGAUCCUGUCUCCAAUGAUCGGUGCAUCGUAACCACUCAAGUACCGCACGAGAGCGUGUUGCAGGGUUCGGUAUCCACUGACGGGGCUUGUUCAUGGACAGCGGCACCAGUGUCGUCAUCCGCAGCGCCUGAUGGUGAACCAGCGAAGCAGCUCGUGAACGCGACCCAAAGCGAAGCACUGGAGGCAUCGAGGCGAACUCAUGCGCAUGCUUGCACACCAGAACAUACAGCAGCAGCAGCAGCAGCAGCAGCAGCAGUACCCAACGCGCCUUCCAUGGAGGAUGCACCGAGCAGAGCGUUGGCAUCCACCUUGGAACCGAGCGACCUAAUGCGAUCGAACAAUGUCGUAUCGGAUCAUGGAGAAUCCACGGUAACUGCGGAUGCACCAGAGUGCACUGCCCGGCAACAUCCAUCUGCGGAGGCAACAAGAGAGGCACCAGACUCGGCUGACGCUUCAUCGUCUUCAGUCGGUGAUGAACUUCGCGAGCCGCAGUUGCCGUCCGAUACGGGAUUGCUUGCAUCCCCUGCUGCGACCUCGGAAGCCUCAACGGAACCACACGAUGCACCGCAGCUCUCCGAGACCGGAGCAAGCGGUAUCGCGACCACCACCGGCACCACGGAAGCAUUGGCGCUCGACUGGGACGCUGCCCCUUUUCUGGAAAUCUUCGAGCGUUCCUCCUGGAUCCAAGUAUUUCGCCAAGUACGCAUUCGACUCCGUCGGGUUUGGAUCCGGCUAGAAGCGAGUCCGCAACCGAACGGAAAAGAUCACAAAGAUAUGGCUCCAGCGCCGUACGCCCUGGAAUGCUCCCUCGAAGACGCGUACCUUGAACCUCCGGAUGAAGCGUUUCGUGCACAGGUCCUGGAACGCUGUGGGCUAUCGCUUCCCGAACUGGAUCCAUCCGAGGAUGCCAGCUACGAAGAAUCGGUAUUUCUCUGGAGAGGGUGUUGUUUCCGAGGCUUGCGCAUACGCUUCGCCGUGGACGAUGAACGCUGGUUACCGUUGCUCGCACAGACACCACAACAGAGUCGAGGUGGUAGCGCGUCCGACGAGCCACCGCUGCCACCACUCCAAGAGUCCGACUGGGACUGGCUGUGGCGACGACUCCGCCAUCGUGAACCUACGAGCUACCUCAUUGCAGAUCUGCUUCUAUUAGCUCGUCUGGGAAUCAACAUGGCCGCCUUUGAGGAUACCACGCGCUACACAAUGGAUGCACUCCACCAGAACAGUCUUCCUUUCGCUGCUGGUGCUGGUGCUGGUGCUGGUGCUGCCGCUGCCGAUACCACCACCAUUCGGUUGCAUGCAAGUAUACCGUAUGUGCACGGUCACCUGACGUUAGCGACGUUGUUCAGUCUCACGCGACUAGCUGAACAGCUGGCGCAUUGGUUUUGGCGUGCUUAUCUCCAUCAAAAGUACGACGUACCUGCGGAACGACCUCGGCGCCUAUCACCGUAUCGUUUGGCGAGACUUCCGGGUCGGAGGCAUCCCGCUCGGGCCUGGUGGCGCUACGCGGUUCGCUGUGUCCUGGGCCUACGUCGACGGCAACGAAGAGAGGCCGCACUGCCGGCUGCAUUACCGGAACUCUCUCGUUGGUUACGACUUCAGUUAUUGUACUUUGCGCUCUACCGCGAACUGGUGUACGGGGAAUCUGCACCGAAGCAGCUCUUCGAGUGCGUCAUGUCCUCGCUGGAUGCCGUCGGGGGUCAUCGGGUGUGUCCUCGGGAGAAUAACGGAGCGCUGCGCUUUCGGAGCGUUUCACAACCUGGAUCCGGAUUGAACCUUGCGGACGAUUCCGAGACAGCGCUUCCACGGCGACUGGUCGCUCAACUACGGUAUCUGGAAGAGCGCAUGCCUCUAGAGCAGCUGCUGAAUGCACGACUUCUUGUUCAUGUGCAUGAGCGUGCAAAACGCCUCCAAGCGGAAGCAGCGAACGAGAAACGUUCGUCUUCCUGGUCCAGAGGGCACAUCUGGCGCCUGGCCAGCACUUCAUGGCAAUGGAUUCGGUCGACUGUGAGCUCCUGGUUCGGGACGUAUCAGCUCUACCAGGUGGUGAAGCAGCGACGCGAGUCACGCCGAGCGCUGCGCUGGAUAGCCACUGCAACAGAGGCUGCCUCGGAUGGAAGCGCGAGAGCCGAGCACUUGUCUCAGGCUUUGGUGACGCAGGCAUCCAUGGAUAGUGGAGCAGGUGCGCGUGCUCCUGUCAGUGCUGCGACUCGUGCGCCUGCUACGGACGUGUCUGCUCCUGCUUCCGUGGAUCCGGGUGCUGCUGCUGCUGCUGGUGCUGUCGGUGCCGAUCACCAGGAUAUGGACGAGUUCCUGCAACGUCUUCGUGAUGCGUUUCAUGAGGCCUGGGUGGCAGUCUUCGGCGAGAGCGGGCGCGAUGCUGUUCUUUUCACCGAGUCCCUGGUGGAGGCAUUCGAGACCAGCGUACCGCUGGAUCUAGAGAUGCAGUUGGAGCAAGCCUCGUGGACGCUGCACGGCAUCGGCGACAGCGAGCGUCUGCCAGGCGACUUGCCGUCUUGCACACGAGCUGCCAGCAUGCCGAAGAACAACAACAACGAGAACAAGAACAAGAACAAGAGCAGCGUGUCGGCAUCGCUGCUGACGCUACGCCUCCAGGGCAUAUGGUGGCGUCUGCACGACCUCGGGACGACGAGUCCGCUGCAGACGCAAGUCGUUGUCCGCGACUGGGAGGUUAUCCCAGACGUCGUGCGCGUGCAAGCCCAGACAGAGAGCGUCUUUUACGCUGACCUGCCGAGUACAGCCCCGAGCGCUGCGCUCUACAUGCGGUUGCAAGUUCAGAAACGGGUCGAUCGCCGCAACUCCACCACCGACGCGUUACCGCUGCUGCAUGAGAAUGGGAACGGAGGUGUUCCCGGUGAGCCUGCUGCACCAGGCACCGCACAGACUCCGUUGCAACCGAGAGAAACCGCCUCGCAUGCGACGGGUUGCAACUCGCUUGCCUCCAGUACGGAGACCGAGUCAGCCUCUGCGCUCUAUGUUCGCCUGCAGCCGCUGCGAGUACAUUUGCAGACGGAGCAACUGGUGCCACUGCUGUCGUUGCUCCAAGAGUGGCGGGCUUGUAUUCCGCGGUCGCUUGCCGAACGAAUCGCUGGCCUCAUGCAGGAGCAUCCCAGUCGAGCGCGACAUCGAGCCAUAGAGGCACUGCAACUGGAACAACGUUUCCGAGUCGAUGUUUUCUGCGAGUGGAUCCAGGUCUGGUACGCAUCCCGGUGGUUGCUGCAGUUGGAGCGUCUCUCGCUGCUCCGUACGCGUUCCCUGGUCAAGGCGCACUUUGGAGAAGCGCAACGAGACGAACCGCAGCCCUUACUCUUGUCCAUCGCGAGUAUGCAUGCCCACUUUGUGCCUCAGCGCCGUGGAAGCAAUGCAGCGGGCAGGAAUGCUGCCGCUUCCGAACGUAACGAGCAGGUGAGCAUGAGCGUCCAUCCGCACGACGCUGGGGCCACGAUAUCGCUGCUGGAGCCGGUUCCGCUUGUCCUGAAACUGUUCGGCCGCUUAGAGCGAGGACAGAACGCUGCAGCAACUGUAGCCACAGAGCCUCGUCUGCAUAUUGUGGUGUCGCUGCGGGUUCCGGUACGACUGCAGCUGGCGCCCGUCGUGAUUGGUGCGCUCUUUGAACAGGUUCGGCACUGGCAACAGUGCUGGAUGCAGCGAGGCAGGCGACGACCCUGGCUCUGGGGCAGGGUCCAGGACACGCGCUUGUCGCCGGAGAUGCGCUCCAAUGCACCUGUUUGGCAGCAACUCGUGAUGAUUCCUGUCGUAUGGAGGCAACGGCUGGCGACGCAGCACGCCUGGCAUCGCGGGGAGUCGGCAUUGUGUCUGGGUAUUCUGGGUAUGGACGCUGCAGGGUCGCUGCAGCUGGUGGAUGCUAGCGCUGACAGACUGUCCAGCAUCAUCGGGAUGGCGCUGGAGUUCCCGUGUUGGCAGCUGGAGCCGCUACACGACCCGUUGCCGUGGCCUCUGGAACGCGCAUCGACCCGAGGAGCGCAGCUGCUGCUGAUGCUGCUGCGUCGCUCCACCGAUGAACGACCUGCACCAGUGAUUGCUUCACCGGAACAUGGGCGCCUUGGAGCACCCGAAUCCGUUGAACGCACCACAGACAGUGCGCAGCUCCAGGGGUCAAAUGAAACGACGCAAACUGGAGCAACCACAGGUCCCAGGGCAGAUACGAACACCCCCGUCAGUACGAAUGCCCGUCCGAGUCGUGGAGCUGCGCAUGCUUCGUCCGCCUCCUCUUCUACUACUACUUGUACUGCUUCUGGAGCAGUCGUUGCAUUCGCUUUGCGUUUCGCCAGUGCAGCGCACGCUGAGCUAUGGUACCGGCGAUGGCGCUGCGGCAAGUUCGAGGACCCACAGCAACAGCAACGUUACGGCUGGUGGGCGCUCUUGCAUCCGGGGUACCGGUGGUGCUCGCGAAGCGACACCAUUCCGGGCGCAGUGUCAGCGGGCGCCCGGACGCCUGUCUUGUCUUCGGAAGCGUAUCCGCCGCUGCUCGCUGCUGUAGCGCUCUGGAUUCAGGUCGAGAUGCCACACGGAGCUGUGCUGGAGAUGCCACUUGGUCGCUGGACAAACGGCUGGCAUCCAGCAGGAGCGCAUGGCGUCGCAGGCACCAGAAAGUCGAUGCCCUUCUCCAGGAAUGCGGACACAACCCCGCUGGACUGCUUUGAGGUUUCGUUUUCGAGUUUGAGGCUGCAGUUGCGGAGCGCAUGCACCAUUGUACCGGUGGACAGUGCACUUGUGCGCAUGGAGCAGCUCUCCAUCCGCUUGCAAACAAGGACAUCGAGCGGAGACACCACUGCUGGGGGCGGGACGCCCCUGAUCCAGAUCCCUGCUGUUUCACCAGCGGCUACCGCUACGCCGCAGCUUGCAGUGGAUACCGCGAGGCGAGCGUUGUGGCGCGACCCUCGUUGGAGAGCGUACGUAGCGCAUGACGGUUUGUGGGGCUUUGCAGACGGUCCAAGUCUGCGGACAUGGGUGUCCACGGAACUGUGGGUGGCGUUUCGGCACCCACGCGAAGCACCGGAUCGAACGCAAGGCUUUGUUCUGAUACCCUCGGUAUCUCUGCUGUUGCAGAGCACUUGGAUGGAGGCUCUGAUCCAACUCUGUAGUCAAAUCAUGCUUGCAGCCGGUCCGUCUGGCGAGCUGGCGUGCGCAGGGAUCCAGCGCUCGACACUGAGGUCCAGCGACAGCCCGCCGCUUCAUGCAACUGGAGCCGAGGCAUAUGCGGCAGCCUCAAUGCCGAAGAACUCCUGGAGCAACAGACAGCAGCGCUCACAUAUGCAUUGGCAGCGAGUUCGUCGGCGACUCCGUUGCUGGCGACUUGCGUCUCAUUUCUGGGUGUUGCUUCUGGAGCGCAGCGUCCCGGUGAACGCGCCUCCGACCUGUUCACAAACAGAGGCAGAACGCAUCGAUGCACCUGCAGCGCAGCACAGCAGUUUUCUGGGACGUACAAACUGGGAAAGCCUUCGCCAAUGGCGGCACAGACGCUCCCGAAUAGCGACGACAGCGACGGCUUCCUGGUUACCCCGCUCAACCUCGAGUGGGUCUUCCCCAACGGGAUGCACAACAACAGGACCAACACCCGAAGACAGAGCCAAUGCAGAGGCGGCAGGUGGUGCAGACGCCGCAGCAGACGCCGCAGAAGCCAUAGCCACUGAGAAUGCAGCCGCUGCUCGUAGAUGUGCCGCAGAGACGACACUCGGAGAUACCGUAGCGGACCCGUGUGCAGGCAUGAUGCUAGGUGCAGCACCAGGAGAGCGCCGCUGUGGAGACGCUCUGACAACGACAACGACAGAACAGCAAACUGGACUGGACGGCACUUUUCAGAUGGUGCUCUUCCUUGCAGAAGCGCUGGUUGCGAUGCGUUCUGUUUCCGAGGAGCUCGGCAUCUUUGCGGAGCUGCUUGCUCGACACCUGGACCUGGAAUGCUGCAGCGAGGAUCAGUCUUCCUUGCAAUUGACGAUGAAGCUAUCGGGACUCGCGCUGCGGGAUCUGUUGUCGCUGCGAUCCGAUACUGGUGGCGAGUUACGCUUCUACUCUGGUACGCUGGACGAGCAGGCUGUCGAGGAUGAGUCACCAACGGCCGGGCGAGCAUCUUCGGGGCCAAUGUCGCUUGUUGCACUCAGUAGCAGCAGCAGCAGCUCACGAGCGACGUUACGCGACUCGCUUCGCGAUGCAACUGCAGAGGCGACGCUAGCGCUCGAGUCUGCUCCAGCGGGCGCUUCACAAGAAACCUCAUGCACACGCGCAGCGCUCGAAGUGCAUGGAGUUCUUGGACUGGACGCUUCCGGAUCGUCAGGCGCCUCAAAAUCGUCCAGUGCUACCAGUGAACUCGAGCAGGAGCGUCCCGUCGCGACUGCAGCGCCAACGAGUGCACGUCGUCGUCGCCUGCAGUCACCAGAGGCUUCACUUCGAACCGCUGUGGUACCCGGGCUUCAACUGCGUAUGAUGGUGAACGCACCUGAGAUCGUCUACUUCCAUCCGUUUUACGCCUUGCUGGUGCAGACGGUAUACGCCUGGCGAGAUACGCUUGCGAUGGUGUCAGCGUGCCAGCACGUGCAACCACCGGUGAUCCUGGGCGCUUCUUCGCCAACAGAUGAAACUAGUGCUGCUGCUGUUGCUCUUGCUGGUGCUGUGUCUCGAAAAGGUUCCGCACGGAUGGGUCCUGCAUCCAGCAGUGCGCUUCCAGCUGGGAUCAGCGAUACGGGGCAGAUUCCGAAUACAGCGACAGCGAUGCGUCUACCAGUCCACAUCGAGAUACACUGUAUUCAACCUCGAGUAUGCUUCCCGAGCGAGCUCCAUGAGGCGUCUUUCGUCGAGGUGAAGCUGGAAACGGCUCGACUGCGCCUCGAGCAAACGGCGCUCUCGAGUCCAGUGGCGACAUCCGUAUCGGCAGAGCGACCCUUUCCGAUGCUCGGGGAUGCUAUUGUUGCGAGUUACUUUGAAGCACAAACAGAGGAGGUUAGUGUUUUCUGCAGGCUUGCGGAUCAAGAGCGGGUUGCGGUUUGUUUCCUCGAGCCGGUUCCCCUACUGGAGGCAUCCAUCUACUGGACGCUGCCGACUGGAAAGCUCGACACUGGGCACCAAGUGACAUCGCCCACAAUGGGAUCGUCGCAAACUGCAUCGGAGAAUGCAGGCACGUCGACUGGGAUACGGAGAGCAGUCACCGUCCCUGGAGAAAUACCUACGAGAUCGUCGCAAACAGCAUCGGAGAAUGCAGGCACGUCGACUGGGAUACGGAGAGCAGUCACCGUCCCUGGAGAAAUACCUACGAGAUCGUCGCAAACAGCAUCGGAGAAUGCAGGCACGUCGACUGGGAUACGGAGAGCAGUCACCGUCCCUGGAGAAAUACCUACGAGAUCGUCGCAAACAGCAUCGGAGAAUGCAGGCACGUCGACUGGGAUACGGAGAGCAGUCACCGUCCCUGGAGAAAUACCUACGAGAUCGUCGCAAACAGCAUCGGAGAAUGCAGGCACGUCGACUGGGAUACGGAGAGCAGUCACCGUCCCUGGAGAAAUACCUACGAGAUCGUCGCAAACAGCAUCGGAGAAUGCAGGCACGUCGACUGGGAUACGGAGAGCAGUCACCGUCCCUGGAGAAAUACCUACGAGAUCGUCGCAAACAGCACCACCAGCAGAGAAGCGGACGGAGCAACGUUCCAGUCCGGAACCCGUUACGCUUCCACUCGAGGUCAGUGACGAGCCGGUGGACGUCACAUCGCUGGUCUUGCAAGCACAGGCUGCGGAGCUGGAAUGCCACCUGAGUCCCACGGUGAUCGCUGCCCUGGAACUGGUUCUACUCACGAACCUAUUACGAUCAUAUGGCCAGCGCUGCUUCCCGGUAUCGAGUUACGAACCAAAGCGCAUCACCGUGGAGCUCUCUUUCGAGCGUUGCCUGCUCUUUGCCGAUGCUACGGAUCCAGAACUCGAAGAGCUCUGGGGCUCUAGCGGAAACGUGAACUCCAGCGACAGCACAACGCCGCUUCAAACAGAAACAGAGACGAAUACCGAGCCUGCCAUCGACGCUUCAGGUGCGGUUCGAGACACCAGACGCUCCGCGGAACAAGCACCGAGCGUAUCCUCCAGCACUGCAUCUGCAUUUUCGGCUAGCAAGAUACCAGGCUCUAUCACGUCGUCAGUAUCUGAAGCGCGUGCUCCGGUGGCUUUACCGGGGGAAACCUCUUCGCUAGGUGCACAACAGCGUCGAUACCGCAGCCGCAAACCUGCCACCAGCGAGCCUGGACGCAACCCGGUCUCGGCGAGUGCAUCGUCUCUAGGUGCAGCGAACUGGUCCAGCACCGGAUCCCUCAGGUCGAUGGUACGGGAACGCUCCGAGUCCAACGAAAGCCGCCCAGUACUGCAUUCCCGCGGUAACCAGGACUCGAAUACGCGAACCCGUACCGCUUCUGAUACUGAAACAGUACCCGCGCAAGUCCUAAUGGACUGUCGAGACUUUCGAGGUGUAUUCGCGCUAACGCUGCCGUCCGGUGCAAGUGAGGGACAUUUCACCCUCUCUGAACUGCAACUCUGGAGUCGACGCGAUCAAGCAGAGCGCACAGAAGAGCAACAGGAUGUAUUCGCUGCUCCGACAUCGAGAGCGCUCAGAAAGCCGGCCUUGGCCUCCUCCGUGACGUUGUCAGGCUCGCAGACCCCAGAAAUGGCAGCAACAGCAGCAUGGCAACUGCCGUCUGCUACUCCUGAGGCGUUUGCCGCCCAGCCGCCAGAGGCCAAUACGCCGACCCUCGCCCAGCAUACUCGAAAGACGCGUUGGCGACAGACACGAACUGGUAUGGUCCUCUGCAGUGGCCCCGUAUCGCUGGAUCUGGGGACCCAGCCCGGUCAUCCGUUCCGCUGGCGUUUUGAAACCGACAAGUCGUUGCAGCUGACGAUGCGCGGCAUCUCCGACGUUGCCGUCCUCGAGGUGCUCACUGUCUACACCAUAACCCUCGGCCAGACAACCAAGUCGUUGCGGCCGUACUUGCGCCUGCACGACCUCUCGGUGGAGUCGUUAUUUGGAACUAGCGGCUGGGACAUGCAGCUGGAGCUCCCAAGGCUGGAACUCCUCCUCCUGGACCAGCGUACCUUUGGAGCAACCAUGCUGGCUGGAGUCGGGAUUGAACUGGCAAUGCACGCUGCGCUCAAGUUGAGCGCUACCGGAAAACUCGAGCGUCUCGUUUCUGGUGUUCAAGAAGUGCUCUUCUUUCGGGCGUGGCUAGCGCAACAAGCAGCUCCCAAGCAAAACGUGUGGCAUGGCGGCAGCGUCUACGAUAUCCAGUGCCAGCCGUACUUUGCAUCGAUCGUUGUGGAGCGUCAACUGACCUCGCCACGAGGCCACGAGGCAUCCUCAUCCACCAUACAGGUACAGUUGUUAUCCGAGGAGCUGGAACUGCGCUUUGGUGUCGAUGACCUGGUGCUGUGUCUGCGCACCCUGGAUGGACUCUUGAACACUCUGUUUCAGCGACUGCAGACGGCGCGAGUCCGCAGAGCCUGGUACCGACAUCGUCUAGCGCUGCGGAGUGCGGCGUUUGUGUCUCGCGCCAGUGGACGUCUGGGGGCAGCUCUACUGGGGCUCGCGGACACCGACCUCCAUCAUCGACGUUUCAGUGGCAGUAUCAGGAGUAGUUAUAGUGCUGGUGGUAGUGGUGCGCCCAGCAUCGACCAAGAACGCGACUCGGAGCACCUGGAUCAUGGUGCUCGUGAUACCGAUAAUGACGAAGGCCAUGCUGCUGGUAACGAGAGCACGGGUGCAGCGGCAACAGCGCGCCACUUACAUCAGCGAGGUUCUUCGGGGCGGCGACCACUGGGCCUGGCAGCUGCGGCAGUCAACUCGGGUCCGUUGAAGGCCUGGUUAAGCGAGAGACUUGGGCGUCGUCGCACUGUACCUUCAGCGAAACAGGCUCAGUCACUGGAUGUGCACGUUCCGCGAAGGCAUGCCGUGGAUGCUGCAGCAGCAGCUGCUGCUGCUGCAACGACACGGGGGAUCGAUCUGGAAGCUGGAUUGCAGGCAAAGGAGCAGCAAAGCUUCCUGGAUCAGAGUCGUGAAUCCGGCAAGAGGAGGACGCUCGCUUCAUUACUCAGGAGCAGCUUAUCCAUGGAUUCAGACGCACAAAGCGCCCCAAGGCCUGCCGAGCGUAUCGAUAGCACCUCACCGCGUUCACCGAUGCAUUUGGACGGCACGAGUACUACUCCCGAUACUGGUGCUACAGCCGGUGCUACUGCUGCGUCAACCGGUACGCCCGAGCAGACGAUCCAUUGGCAAGGAAGUAUCGGUCCGAUUCGCUUCUCGCUCAUGGACACGUUUGCACAAGUACCGUACGCACUUGUGAGCCUAGCGCUGUGCCCCGAGGACCUCGAGGUGACCUGGGCACCCGACCAACAAGCGCUGGGUGUGACGGUGCACCUUCGCAUGGCCAUGCACACCUUCGCGUCUGAUCGCUUGGUAUGGGAUCCACUGGUGGACCCGUUCAAUCUCUGGAUUCGAAGCCGUUCCCAGAUCAACCAGACACUGGACACGAUGACGCUGGGGGUAGCCAUCGAGGUGCCCGAGUCCAUUGAAUGCACCGUCAGCGAUCGUUUUAUUCAGGCUAUCGCUCAGACGGAUCAACGAAUCCGGCACGAGUUCGCAAUGGAGCAUCGUCAGCUCGGUCGACAUCGUCAGUUGCGGCACCGACAGCGAGCUUGGGUCCGAUGGACGCGUCCUCGGUCGGAGCCGCAGCUGCUGGAGUUGUACAACGCGACGGAGCUGGUGCUUUGCCUAGAGACGCAACUGCAACUGGUACCGCUGCAGCUUGCCCCUGGGGCGCGAGUUGCGCUGCCCCUGGUAGCGCCUCUGCCCAGCACCUGUUGUUGGUAUCCCGCUGAUGACGAUCGACAGCGAGCAGAUGCUGCGUUUCGCGCGAGACUCUGGGUCCAGGACGCAACCGCUGCAGCUGCAUCCUGCUUGACCUCGCCCUGGACACCGGCCUGGUUGAACCUGAGUCAUUACGGGCGUCAGCUGUUGCGUCUGCAGUGGCAGGCUGGGGGUAUCGGGGCCGCUUUGGCUGCCACAGACUCGAUACCAGCCAAGGCUGCUGCUGGGGCUGCUGCUGGGGCUGCGGCGCCAUUCCUGGAGUUGCUCAUGAUUGGGGCCCUGCGUGGUGAGCAACUCACGGUAUCGUUCCACAGCCCCGUUCUGGUACAGAAUACGACGGGAACAAGUCUGCGGUUACGUCUACGUGUUCCUGGUGGGUCUCCAGUGCCAAAGUCCGCGUCGAACAAGCCCCAUGCGAUCGAGAUUCGCUCCUGGUACGCACAUCAGUUCGCGUGUUAUCAUCAGAGUCGCAAAGCCGACCCCACACCAGUCCCGAAAACACGUCACCGUGCCACCGAUGAACAGCCCGCAGGUGUUGACUGCUGGCAACGCGCUGCUUGGCCAGCGACUGCGGCAACACUGGACGCUUCGAGUACAGCGGCAGACUCGCAGCUAGCGUACGCGUCUCUGGACGUGAACCAGCGCUCUAGUGUCGGGACUAGCGCACCAUCAGAUGAAGCACCGGGUGAUGUAGCCGGAGCAUCGUACCAGAGGUCAGGUGUGGAUCGGAACUGGGCACCAAGCCAAGCGCCAUGUGCGGAUGCUGCUACUACCGGUACUGCUAUUGCUGGUACUGGUACUGCUGCAUCGACGCAGAGACCUGGUAGCGCAUCUGCAACACCACGGACACGUUCCGUGGAAACCCAGCUGGUGCUGGAGACGGUGAUACCGCCACAAGGCGUUCGUUCGCUACCGCUCGCGUUCUCGACGCUCGACGGAGAACUGUACAUUCAGGCGUAUCGCCGACCAGAGUCGCGAGUCCCGGCCAAUGCCUGCGACUCGUCCGGGGUUUCGCGAACACCUGCUGAGGCCCUGGACUCGCAGUCUUCUUCGUCUGACGCUUUGAGGAGCAAAGAGCCGCCACCAAACGCUCCAUUGGAAAUGGGUGCGUUUCUGCGAGCGACGCAACUGGAGCCGUUGCUGAUGGAAGCGCGGCACAGCGCCGUCUGCUUACCGCUCUACAGUGAAACAAAAUACGCCGCUUUUGGUACCGGAGGGAGAGCAAAUGCUGGAGUUGCCGCUUCACAACGACGAGUGCUCUGGUAUGCGCGAAUGCAAGCGUUCCGUAUGAGAUCGGAUGCCUGGUGGCUCGCCCUAUCCAUUCUACCAGUUGUCAAGGUACUGAAUGCGCUUCCGUAUCCUGCAACACUGGACCUGCUGCAGGACGGUCAACGCACUGGACGCCUAUCGCUGGCCAGUGGCGCCGAGGACACCAUCACUGGCGUCAACUGGAUGCGCCCCUGGCUCAUGGAGUGGUCGGUUCGUGAGCCCGACGACACCUACAAGUGCCGGGUGCCUUCUGUGUUCACCCUGGAGGCGCCUCGCAGCCUGCCUGAUGCAUCCCAGUCCUACUGGGAUGGCUGGUUCCGCGGUCAACAGACGAAUGCACUGCGGUGCUGGCGCUUGCAACUCGCUCCUCAUGGCGACCUGGAUCGGUCGAGUGCGCGUUGGCUGCUCACGUUGACGGCUAGUUACUGGUUGCUGAACUUUACGAAUAUCGCCCUGGACGUGCUGCCUUUGAAUCCGGUGCCACCAGCGACACCGUCUGCGGACCGCUCGAGCCGCUGGUGCUGGGUAUCGUCGUCGACGAAGAAGCAGCGACCUGAUGUGCUUGGCGAGGUCGCUGCAGAGCUGCAGGCACCGUGUACACGAGACGCUGCCACCCGGCAACCGACGCACGAGCUCGAUACCGAGUCGCCGGUGCGCUUGCACAGGGCGAAUGCAACGGUACCGCCCGGCGUACCGGGUUAUCCUGAAGUGUCCGUAACAGCAGCAUCGUCGCAGGGCGUCUUUCCGGCACUCCAGGCCGCGCUGUCGUCGUCGCUCGAGUCGAGGUCUGAGCUCGCGUCCGGCGCUCCACAGCAGCAGCAUGCUCGCACUGCGUUCGAGAGAGGAACCGAGGGCUUGUGGAUGCUCUCGCUCACGAGUGCGGCUCCGGCUGCUACCAUGGCGAACCGUGCCCGGUUUGGGGUACAGGCUUCACCGACAUCCGAUCGUCAUCAGAGUCGUAGACAACGGCGAUUCGCUGGCGGAUCGGUGGACGUGCGGUAUCAGACCCUGGGACGCAGCGAGUUUGUGCUCGACGGUUGGCCGCUGGUGAUUCAUCGUCAGCCUCACUGGGAACUGACCGGUGUCACGCUGGUCUCUUUGCAUCCGUAUUUGCUCAUUCAGAACGCGUCGACGUUCGCAGUGGCGGUCAGGGCCUUGCAUGGGUCAUCUGCAGCAGUCCUGGAGCUGCCUGCUUCGGCUGGCUCUGAAGCGUCUGGUGCGUUCUCGGUACGUCCGCUGCGGCUUUGGCAGCAUGGACGAGGACGAAGUGCCCGCUCCUGGCUCAGUCGACCCGUGCUGUCGCUAGCUGUUCGAGAGGAUCGUUGUGAGGAAGCCUCGGCAAUCAACUGGCACUGGUAUCGUGACCUGCCGCUGAAAGAGGAUCGCGUAUUCACGCUGAGCUUUAUCAUGGAGCAUCUGUUGUUGGCGAGUCAUCUGGGCGCCCAGCGUGUACAACUGGUCGAGCGACCUGGUACUGGUGGUAGCACUGGGCUCAAGUCGCAUUCCAUGAAUCCGCACGGAACGGAAGCAGAGCAGCAGCAGCAGCAGCAGUCGUGUUCGCGGCUGGAAACGGGUAAUCAGCAUGGAACGAAAGCGAGUCAGCCGGUUGGCGCAAGUCGGUCGAAAGCACGGUUGCUUGAAUCGAACGUGGAUCAGAGACGACACCAGCGCAAUGACGACCCGCAUAAGCAGCGGUAUCCGACGCGGUACCAGGAACAGGAUCAGGUUCAGUUGGGUACCUGUCGACAGGGGGAGCUUCCAGAUACGAAGCGCCACCAGCAUUGGCAACGUUACAGCAGCAACGAAAGCGCCCACUUACGCGAAGCUUUUGAAUGCCUGCUGCACGUUCAGGUCAGCAGCAACCUCUUGGGUCAGAAAAUCGUCAUCCUGAGCGACGAGUUACCCACCAGUCCCCGGUUUGCGCUCUGGAAUCGUACACCCUAUGUGAUCCUCUAUCGGUGGAUGCCACCGCAGACCCUGGCGCUGGGCGGUAGCCUGUUCCAUCGACGGCGCUGUAUGUUUCAAGUCGCCAGGCCGUACGCGCGCCUAACACUGAGUCCAGCCUGGGUCACGGAACACUACUGCUUGCAAGCGAUGGCGUUUGCGUCGCUGCGGGAGGCGCUCGAAUGGCGUCUCUGGCGGCAUGGACAAGUCUACGACCUCAUGGAGCCGCAACGCUAUGCAGCAUUACCUGUUCAGGGACAAGCUGGCACCGCCAUUGACCUGGUUUAUCCACAGGUUGACCUCGUUGGGACCGGCACUGCCCAGCUGGUAUUCAGUAGCACCCGGCAUACUGCCGCAACAGCAACGACGACUGCGACUACAACGGAUACAGCGCAGCACACGUCGACGUCAGCGCAAGCGCGGGCGCUCAUCGAAACCUCCUUCAUGAGCGCUGGUGCCCAGGCGUCUGCAUCCAACGAGGUCCCGCUGUUGGGCGCUUUUCUCCACCGGCAGCGCGGAGCACCAUCGCUGGAAAUCCUGCUCCAGGUAGAACUGAAGCGCGCGGCAGUCUCGUUGGUGCUGUGCGAUUCGCAUCAGCGUUUCUUCGAGAUGCUCUAUGCGGCGGCCUCGGGAAUGGAGCUCUUCCUCCAUACCUGCGGACCGGAGUCGUCUUUAUCUCUCCAGGUGACUAGCGUUCAAUGCGAUAACACGUUACCUUUCUACGUAUCUCCGGUAUUGAUGCUGACCCGCGAGCAGCCGUGGCUCUCGUGUGCGGCGCGGUGGCGGCAACAUGCCGGUGGUCGGCACUACUACAGCAUUCAGCUGCGUAUCGCCGAGUUGCUGGUGAUGUUGGAUGAUGGACUUUUAUGGCAGUUGUUGGAGGCUGCGCGUGAGCUCUGGUCGAGCUUUUCGCAACGUCGGGCGGGACUGGAGCGCACUGCCCCCGUGCUUCGGAGUGUGCUGGAGGCCGUGGAUGCGCCCAGCUUGUGGCUUGCGUCCAGUCGAGCGGUUGCAGAGCAGCGUCGAGCGCCCUCUUUCUUCCAGCUUGUACGGGUCGAGCGUAUGCGCCUGCGGCUAUCGUUCAAGACGGAUCGGGAACGCGCACUGGAAACUGCGGCCUUGACACGCCAAACGCUCUUCAACGCGGGUCUGGUGCUCACGGAACUCGACAAUGCAUUGGUUCUGGUGGGUGCAUUCCAGCUACGUCAGGUGUAUGCACCGCUUGUACAGGUCAUUGAGCGCAUGGUACAGCAUGUGCUGUGGCAGUCGUUCCUGAGCUCGUAUAACUUCAUAGGUGGAUUGAGCUGGCUCGGUGAUCCAGCCGGCUGGUUGUAUGAGCUUCGUGAAGGCACAUUUGAUUUCUUUAACGAGCCUAUCAGUGGUCUGUUCGAGUCCAAUGAGGCGCUGUGGCGGGGGUUUCGGCGCGGGGCUUUUGCCCAGGGUCAAGCGCUCACCUUUGCGUUAACGCAACCUGCGGCACAGCUAGCCGGUAGUUUGGCUCGUGCACUCGGCACGAUCAGCUUGAACAGGACCUUUGAGAUCGCCCGAGCGCGUCAAGAUCGCACGCUUGGUGAACCGGAGGAUAUCUUUCUCGGGAUCGCGUAUGGUAUGUUGGGUGCUGGUACUGCGCUCGGUGCCGCAUUGACGGGCAUAUUCGUGGAGCCGGUGCGCGGGUACCGUCAGUCCGGCGUUGGCGGCUUGUUUCAGGGUCUUGUGGCGGGUCUCUGGGGAUGGCUACCCCUGACUUUGGCCUCUUUUCUGGUGCUCGUUCAGAAGCUUGCCAUGGGUAUCCGCAACCAGAACCGGGUGGAUCUGCGAACACGAGAACGUCUCCGUGAUCCACGUGUGCUCUACCGGGCCAGCGAUGCACCGCUUCCACCGUAUGUGGCGUAUUUGGCGCGGGGUCAGCGGCUCUUGCACCAGGUUCAACGCGGAGCGCUAGCUACAGAGCCCUACGUCAUACAUAUUGAGUUUGAAAUGUCGGCGCUGGAGGACAGAGAGGAAGAGGAAGCACGGGACUCGUCGAUGGAGGCGACGCAGCGCCCUUCGGUUUGGGGUGCUGUCUCGAGAAGGCGCCUAAUCGGCUGGAUAUCCAAGGGCAGGUUGGCUUCGAGUCUCGGGAAGAAUCCUGGUGCUGCUGGUGCUGGUGCUGGUGCUGGUGCUGGUGCUGGUGCUGGUGCUCAGGAAACGCUCAUCACGGUUGCCGUACCAGCGGCAGUCAUUCUCUCCCGUUCAUAUCUUGUUGCUGUCGACGGGAAUGGCGCGUUUCUGUGGCGUUGUCGGCUGGCUCGUAUUGAGGCCAUUCGUGAGCGCUCCGAUCCGACGGGCAUUCGCUGGUUAUGGAUCCAGGCCCGUCCGAGACGCGGACGAAGUAGACGUGCCUAUCUGUUUAGCAAGCCAGAAGCAGCUGCUUCUGCUUCUGCUGCUGCUGGUGGUGGUGGUGCUGUCGUCAUGACUUGGGCAGCAUUACCGACACGUCCACCGAGCCCGUCGCUCGACGCGUUUAUGCAGCUUGUUUCGUUGAUGAGACAACGACAGGCCUCGAUGGAGGCGGCCUCUCUGCCGCCUAGCCGCGAGCCGUCGACAACGCGAGCCACCAGUACGAACAAGGCGGCAGCGGAAACGCUCACGGCACUGGAAACGGAUAUCUUGGACGCAGUGUAA